UUCUCAUCUCAUUGCUCCUUCCCUUGCUCAUCCUGUUCUCUCUGUUGUCCCUCUCUCCAUCUGCAGAUCCAAUUGACACCCAUGCAGAGGCAUCCCACAAGCAUUAUGAGGACUCUUGCAGCCAGCUUUGAUGUUCAGUCCUCAAUGGCAAAAAUCCCAGCUCCCGCCACUCUGGCCAUUUUCCUGGCUUGCCUCUUCUCUGGGGCACACGGUCAGACCCCAAGGGCUUUCCAGGAGAGCACCAUCCCCUUUGAGGUGCUUAGCCAGGAGCAGGUUUACAGCCUGGUCCAGCCAAGCCUGUUCCAGGAUAACAGGCAAUUGAACCACUCGGAGAUUGUCUCUGGGAGCACCAGCUCUGAGCCACCUCUGCUGCCUGUGUGUGUGAAGCCCACAGAUAUCAGACACAUCUUCAAAUACAUCAACACCAUCGUGUCCUGCACCAUCUUUAUAGUGGGGAUCAUUGGCAACUCCACACUCCUGAGGAUCAUUUACAAGAACAAGUGCAUGAGGAAUGGGCCAAAUGUCCUCAUUGCCAGCUUGGCAUUUGGAGACCUGCUCUACAUCCUCAUUGCUCUACCCAUCAAUGUGUAUAACCUCUUGGCAAAGGACUGGCCCUUUGGCGUGCAGGUGUGCAAGCUGGUCCCCUUCAUCCAAAAGGCUUCAGUGGGCAUUACAGUCCUCAGCCUUUGUGCUCUCAGCAUCGACAGGUACUGAGCAGUGGCAUCCUGGAGUCGGAUCUAGGGGAUAGGAAUCCCCAUGUGGAAGGCAGUGGAGGUGAUGCUGAUCUGGGCAGUGGCCAUCGUGCUUGCAGUGCCUGAAGCCAUAGCCUUCGACAUGGUGGAGCUCAGCUACUGGGAACAACACCUGCGGGUGUGCAUGCUUGCCUCCGAACAGAAAUCCAGCUUCAUGAUGUUCUAUCGUGAUGUGAAGGACUGGUGGCUUUUUGGCUUCUAUUUCUGCCUCCCCUUGUUAUGCACUGGCAUCUUCUACACCGUCAUGUCAUGCGAGAUGUUGAGCAAGAGAAAUGGCAUGAGAACUGCUCUGAAUGACCACAUGAAACGGGUAAGAAAACCAAGAAGGCAGAAACUGGUAUCUUCCAAAGAGGAGGGAGAGCUAUUGAAGGGAACAUGUGCCUGUGAAGGACAUGUAUGAGCACAGAG